AUGAACCUCGUGAAGAUCGUGGGAGAAAGAAUUGCAAGCCAGGUGCUUGCCCUUGGGCACUCAGAGAAAGAGUGGCGCGUUCUUAUCAUAGACCACUCCACUGCAAAACUUCUGCACCACGCUCUGCCGAUGAGCGAGGUACUUUCUCGGAACAUUGCAAUGGUGGAGAGAAUAGAAGAGGCUAGGGCACCGUCCAAUGACUUCAGUGCCAUAUACUUUAUCAGCGCAAAUGCACAGAACAUCAAGAAAAUAGAAAAAGACGUAUCAGACAAGCUGUACAGCAGUGUUUUUGUUGUUUCGAUCACUGAAAUACAAAAAAAAGAAGAAAAUGCGCUUGAGAGUUUAGCGAAGAAGGCAGAGAAGCAGAGGGCCAAAGGAAACUCGGAGUUUGGGUUUAUGUACAAAGCCGUGCUUUUUGACUUUGUUCCCCUGGGCGAAGAUCUGUUCCACAUAGAGACGCCAUACUCCUACUACACCGAUAAGGAAAGAUAUUUUAGCGAUAUCACAAAAAAAAUAAAAGGCGUGUACAGAACAGUUCAGGUAAGAUGCACGCCCAUUCCCGUGGGGCUCUACGCUAAAAAGCUGGCGGAGCAGAUAGAGUCCACAGGCCCUGGCAAGCUGGUGAUUAUGGAAAGAGGAUCAGACAUGAACACGCCGCUCAUGCACACUUUUACAUUUGAAAGCCUCCUGUGGGACCUAGGGCUCUCGGGCCCCGGAUACGUCGUAGAAAAAGUAGAAGAAGAGGCUGAAAAAAACGAAGAGGAAAGUGACGACACAGAAGACGAAAAAAGGCUGGAAAUGAACGAGAGCUACCAGGUGUGGGAGAGCGUAAGGAAUAAACAGCUUGUGGAAACACACAAAACGCUCACAGGGCUGAUAAGAGAAGAAACAGAGUCAAGAGAGAAAGAAGGAAAGACAAACAUAAAAAAACUUGUCAAGGCAGUGCAGGAGCUGCCUUCGCAGACACGAACACUGAAAGAGAUAAAGAUAUUAAUGGGCCUUCUCGAGAAGUGUGUCAGCUUUUUCAACUCUCUUGGGAUAAAAGAAGCUGCAGAGCUGGAGCAGGGAAUAUCCACGGGAAAAGACUUCAAAGGAAAUAAUUUUAAGCCCGUAGUGACAAAAACGCUUUUUAGCGUUCUCAAAGAGUCAAAGCUUACAAAAAAUGAAAAGUACAGAUUGUAUCUUCUGUACCUUCUGAACUACGGAAACUUGCAGAGAAAUGAAGAGAAAAAGCUCAUCAUAAAAGGACUGAUAUCGCAGAAAGACGUGGAGCAUGGAGAGGUCGUCAAGACACACCUCUCGGGCCGGGCCAUCAGCUCAAUAUCAAAGAGGAGUUUGCCAAUAGCCAGACAUGUUCCGCUGGUCGUAGAUGUUCUGCACGCAAUAAUCAAUAAAGAUAGUGCACAUUGUAAAAAGCUGGAGAUAGAUCUGCCAGACAGCACAGAUGCACUGACAGGCGGGUCUUUGAGAAAAAGAGAGUUUGUGUUCAAGGCAAACCCAUCGUCAGAGAAUGUGCACAAAAGAGUUAUAGUGGUGUAUUUCAUAGGAGGAGUGUCCAUUGCUGAAAUAUCUGAAAUUCGGGAAAUAGCAAAGAACACAGGAAAGAAAAUCCUCAUUGGGUCAACUGAUGUCUGCUCACCAAACACCUUCGUGGAAACACUGAGAAAACUUUCAUAG